AUGUCUCUGGCUCGAUCAGCUUUGUCUGCUAUCCAACGUCCACUAUAUGGCGCUGGAAGAAGAACGUUCACUUCUUCCAGCUCUCGCAGGUCGGAAUCCCUCUUCGUCCAUCGCGAUACCGACUAUAACAAUCCUUCAAUCCCCUUCACUUUCACCCCUGACAACCUCAAACGUGCUAAAGAGAUUAUUUCUCGAUAUCCACCUCAGUACAAAAAAGCAGCGGUCAUGCCGAUUCUCGACUUGGGCCAGAGACAGAAUAAGGGAUGGACGAGUAUCAGUGUGAUGAAUGCCGUAGCUGAGUUAUUGGAGAUGCCUCGGAUGAGAGUAUAUGAAGUCGCAACCUUCUACACCAUGUACAACCGUGAACCCGUAGCCGAAAACUUUCUUCAACUCUGUACCACCACUCCUUGUCAAUUAGGAGGAUGCGGCUCAAGCAAAAUCCUCCACACUAUCCAAGAUCACCUCAAAAUCUCUCCGGGGCAAACAACAAAAGACGGAAAAUUCACUUUGAUCGAAGUGGAAUGUCUGGGAGCUUGUUCCAAUGCCCCUAUGAUGCAAAUAGGGGAUGACUUCUAUGAAGACCUCACUCCAGAAACCACUAUCAAACUUCUCGACGCCCUUGCAACAGGAGAAAAGCCCAAGCCGGGGCCUCAGACUGGUCGAAAGACUUCGGAGAACGCAGCGGGACUCACUGCGUUGACUUCCAAGCCUCUUGGACCUGGCGAAAUGUGUGUGCCCGAAUUCGCAUAG